GACAAAUGUUGAAGCAGGUCGGCGCUUAAAACCCAGCAUCCUACCAUCGAAUGAUCACACCAUCGCAGAGAGCAUCACAUUGAGCAACAACACAUCGUGGGUUGUCAAAAUGCAUACGUAUAACACAAGAGGCUGACACAAAGAUUGGAGUGAAGGCCAUGAGUCUCUCGAAGUCUGGAUCAGAGUCCACAUUGGAUGACAUUCUCAACACUCCGUCAGAAACCCUAGCGGACUUGCCUGAAAUACAAGAUCCGACGAGCAAUAGAAUCGAGUCAUCAAUCCCGUAUCCUGGUUCUACAUUCAUCAUUAAAGACAUAGGCUCAGGACAUGUCAUCACCCUCCGUAAUGGUCAGUUGGGUCUCCAUGCGGUCGGCGGUCCCGGUAAUUAUCGUUGGAAUUGUCUGAGCCAUGAUAACUGGCUUUGUUUUCAAGAUCCGGGUUCGGGACUUUUUAUUUCGUACGACGAUUCGAGCCGAUUCAUGGGGUUUUUACGAUGCAUGGUGUCACAGCCCGACGACUGGGAGCACUUUUGUGUUAUGCCCCAACCUCAAGGCGGGUUCAUUCUCAUGAUGACGCAUUGGAAGAAGAUUUUACCUGUAGGCCUGAGACUUGACAAUGGGACCUUGAAAUUAGCAAGAAUUGGCCAUGAUGGAUUCAAAGCCGAACCGAUAGUUUGGCAGUUUAUCAAAGUAUGAAUAUCUUGAACUGCCCGCAUUCAUGCGCAAACCAUAAUUGGUCUUUUCAACUCUCCUCCCAGCUCUCCGAUGAGAAAGGAGGCAGAGUAGCAUAUUAAUUUCGUCAACCCUAAUUCUUACCAGCCCAUUAUUUUAGCAACAACUCUAUUAUGCUAUUACACUUCGCCUCCGUGAUGAAUGCUUCGGGAAAACCCGAAGGCUUUGUGCCCCAUACUCACUGUUUACACGUCAAAAAAGAG